UAUACUCUCGAGGUAGAAGGAAAAACGCAGUCUCAAAGUCUAUCUUUCUCUUCCCUUCCCAAAUUCCCAAUCCUUUACAUAUUAUUCUAUUAUCAUUGCAACACCACACAUCUCUCCCUCUCUCUCUCUCUCCCAGGAUGUCUGUUCUUUGAACUUGAAGAGUAGAAAAAGCAUCUCUUUUUUCAUUUAGCCCUCUUUACAGCACUUUUCUUCUCUUUUUUCCCUCCCUUUGCCCACUUUUUCUCAGCUUACUAAAGGGUUUUCUGUCCUAGCCGCUCAUCUGCACCAGAAAAUCUGUGUUUUUCUCGACUUAGAUUCUCUGUUUAUUUGAGAGCGUUUCGUUCAGUUGGUUGUGAACCAGGGGCAGGCACAUCUUGGAAACCCUUUUCUUGAGAAUAAAAAUGUCCCAUAAAGGGGGUUUCAGCAAACAGUCUUUGAAUCGGAUUCCUGAUCUUUCACUGCACAUUAGCCCGCCAAACAGUGCUCCUUCCUCAAUUUGCACUGACACUAACGAAGGGGAUUCUUCCUUUGAUAUUUGGCGCAAAGACGAUGGCCUCAAAUCACACAGUGAUAGUUCCAUAAAAGCCGGCUCGCAAGCGGACACCGAGCUUUCUUUAGCAAAUCCUGCAAGCAGUGCCUUAGAGGCUGAGAGCCCUUGGCAAAGAAACUUUGCGGGGGGAGUCACCGAUGAUGAUCAAAUAAGGCAUAGAAACCUUCUCAAGUGUGGUAAUACUAACAGUGGCCAACCAAGUAAUAUAAACCAUGGAAUUUCGUUACUUGAUGUUUCAGGACUGAAGCCCAUCAAGGGAAUUCCAGUAUACAAUAAUUCCUUGUCGUUCCCGUUUUCGAGCUCCGAUAGUUUCGUAGAUAUGGAUCCUAAUAAGUUGCGCUUUUAUCAUCAGUCUUGCCCUUCUUAUAAUUGCUCUUCCUCAACUUCUGCUGUGUUGCACUCACCCGAUGCUUAUAGAAUAGGCAGUGCGCCUAGGUUUAAUGGGAUUUCAAUGGAAACGCUAAGGCCCCAGUUUCAUCAUCAGUACUCCCAAUAUGGAGCUGCAGACUUGUGUAAUGGCAUGAUUAGAUCGAGAUUUAUGCCUAAACUACAAAGCAAGAGGACUAUGAGGGCACCGAGAAUGCGCUGGACCAGCUCUCUUCAUGCUCGCUUUGUUCAUGCUGUUGAGCUUCUCGGUGGUCAUGAAAGAGCUACUCCCAAAUCAGUUUUAGAGCUAAUGGAUGUCAAAGAUCUAACCCUUGCUCAUGUCAAAAGCCAUUUACAGAUGUAUAGAACUGUUAAGAGCACUGACAAACCUGCAGCUUCCUCAGAUGGAUCUGGGGAAGAUGAUUAUUUGCCUGCCAGAAAUACAAUCAGUCAGAUUGCAAACUGUUCACUCAACCAGCGAUCAUCGGCAAGUCCAAAUUUAUCCAUACAACAGGACAAUGGCCACAGUCCCACUAAUCUUUGGAGUAACUCUUCUAGUAGAGGAGUUUGGCUGUCGAGUUCAAGGAAUCCAGAUGGGUUUAGACCGGAUGCUCCAUCAUCUCAACCUGGAAACCAGUUUGAGGAAAGCAGUUUUGCUAAACAAAAAAUCCUUACGGAGUCAAGCCUAGAGCUCCAUAAUCCAAGCUUGGACUUCAGCUUAGGAAGACCAGACUGGCAGAGUAAAGAACGUGACUCAUGAAUAAAAGCUUAAUGGAUAAGCAAAUUAAGAGAGGGAGAAGAGUUUCAUGAAAGGGGGGGGAAUAUAAUAUUUUAAGGAAAGAGCUAGGUAUAUAGAGAGAGAGAGAUGGAGGUCUUAAGACAUCUUUCUCAUGAAAGUUUCAAGCACGUCUGUAUAUUCUUUUUAUUUUGAGGGGUAGCUAAAGUAGCUGAUCUUGUUCUUGGUGAGGUGAUGUUAGUCAUUAGAUGCAUGCCAUGAAAGAAGCAAAAAAGCAGAAGAAAAGAAAGGAAUCAGUUUUAAUGGUGCAUUACAAUAUUUCUUAUAUUCUCCCUUUUUUAUUUUUGCUUUAUAUAUGUUUUUCAGCUAUCAAAGAUCCUUUUCCGUUGUCUCUUCAGGCUUUAGUGGGGUCAUUCGAGUGAUUAGGGUGUGAAAGCUUGACUUUAAUAUCUCUUUAUGUCAUUUAUUCAUUUAUGAUUUGAAA